AUGUCGAUCGAAUCCUUGGCUGCAUUCCGCCGAACUGGCCGAUCGAAUGAUCUGGCUCAACUGGCCGAGAAGCAUCUCGAGCAUGAUCUUCAAGACUCCGACCGCGAGAUCUUGCAACAGUCGGUCGCGAAAGUCGGUACUCACGCCACGCUUGGCUCUGUUGUCGGCCUGGGACUCGGCAUCCUAUUUGCCUACCGACUCCGACGAGGACAGGCCAAUGCGUUCAAAGCGUUGCGUGCGGCCGAGAAACCAACCCACGUGCAGUUCGCCGACGGGAAAAUAGUUCCAAUCCCCGAUCUGAACCCGUUUCUCCAACCUUCUGUCGCAGGGGAUAUCGCGACAUACUUCUUAGUGGGAGUUGGCGGGUUGUUCCUUGGCGGAGAGACCGGGUUCCUAACAGGGACGUAUUCUGCCGACCGGCUUCUCCAGAGAAAUCAGGAGAGCCAGAAGCGGAUCGAACAAGCAUUCCGACGAUUCCGAGCGGAACUCCUCAGGAAAGAAGCGGAUAGGUUGGAUGGAGGUUCAAAAAUACUCGGCCUUGCGAAAGAUGCUGGUGUCUGGAAGUGA